AUGACGUAUUUAAAAAAUGAGGGGAAAAAUCAGAACAAAGAGAAAGAUUACAAAUGUCGGCAGACUUUAUCACAGUUACUUGCAACAACAGCCGCAACUUUGCUCUUUUUCGAUAUUGGACUGUGUAUUACAUUUCCAUUCAUUGUGAUAGCCGCGCUUACCGGCUUCCAUAACAGACACAAUGUAAAUGAAACGCUUUCAUUUACACCGAUUGAGGCUUCGUGGUUAGCUAGCAUUCAGCCGAUAUCUGGAGCAGCUGGCAGCAUAUUGUCAGCAGUAUGCACGGAUAAAUACGGUCGCAAAACCUGUAUGCUGAUUGUUAACAUUCCGCUGUUCAUUGCCUGGUAUUUGAUGUACAGUGCGUCAAGUGUUUGGCAAGUUUUCUUUGCGAAUAUUCUAUUAGGACUUAGCGCUGGUCUGACCGAAUCGACCAUCAUCAAUUAUGUUAGCGAAAUCUGCCAACCAAAAAUCCGUGGAAUGAUGAUGAUAUACACAUACAUUGGUUACGAUGUAGCAAUUAUUAUGGUGGCCACUUUGAAUACACAGAUGUCUUGGCGGUUGGUCAGCAUGGUGUUCAUGUUUAUUCCCAUCAUUACAGCAGUUGCCUUAUUCUUUAUACCUGAAACACCAUUGUGGUUGUUAUCAAAGAAUCGAACGGCUGAUGCCGAGAGAUCGCUCCGUUGCCUACGCGGUUGGGUGCCAAAAGAGGCUUUAGCCCAUGAGCUACAGGAAAUGCAACGCUACAGCCGGCGAUUUAAAUCGUGUGAUGCAUGUAUCAAAAAGGACUUGACUUGUACACAUCCGCCGCCAACAUUGGGCCAAAAGUUCAUCGAAUUGAAGCGGAAACAAACACUGAAGCCACUUUUCGUUGUGAUGGCACUAUUUGUCAUUACAUCCUUUUCGAACACAUUUCUGAUGCCGACAUACAUUGUGCAGAUUUCCACGGCCUACCACUUGCCAUUGGAUUCGGACCAUUUUGCAGCCGUACUGAGUUAUGCGUACUUAUUGGCCGAUAUUUCAUCAAUAAGUUUGAUACGUUUUACCGGCAAACGAAAUCUAUAUCUAGCAAUGUUAAGCAUUCUAUUCUUGUGUGCGGUAACCAUUUGUGCGUAUGGUUUUGUCGUUUUACCCAGCGGCUACAGCUCAUAUCCACACGUCACACCGAAUUUCAAAUUACCAAACAAACAACUCGGCUACAUCCCAUUCGCUUGCAUCAUUUUGGCCAGCUAUGCUAUUUAUUGUGCAGUCAACACAAUACCAUGGCAAAUGAUGUCAGAACUGUUCCCCUAUAAAAUUCGCGGUACAGCGACUGGUAUAGCGGCAGCUUUAUCUUAUGUACUGGUUUUUAUCGCAACCAAAUCGUUUCACAGCAUGGACACGACAUUAUCAUUGCCCGGAGUGGCUCUAUUCAACUCCAUUGUUAUUUUUGUGGGUUUAAUUUUGAUGUAUAAAAUUCUACCGGAAACGGAAAAUCGCACGUUAGAGGACAUUGAAAUGCAUUUUGCAGACAAGUCCAAGAAAAUUACAGAUCGAAAAAUCGACAAGCGUGAUUCGAGGCAAAGGGAACAUGGAAAUGAUAGUGGUAGAGUAGCGCCUAAACGUGUUACUAUAGUUGAAAUUGAUGAACGACAUGACAAGAAAAAUGAAAAUUCUUAUGACAACUGCGGAUUUGCGAGGAUUUAGUGGAACAAUUGGAAUUGGUCUAGGAAGAAAAUGGAAAAUAUUAAAAGAAACAAAAUUUUACCUAAAGUUUCAUAAACUUGUG